UACCUCCCCUGUAUAUGGCAGUUGGAUUAUUCUAAAUCCAGCAUGGCGGUCGGAGUAGAAGAAGAAGUGAAGUCAUUGGCGAAUUUCCUCGGUUCGCCUGCCUAUAAAGUCACCACACAAGGAGAGAUCAAGGUACCACAACUGCACACCGGUAAUGGCAAAACACUGACAGGACUGGCGACGAUAUCCAAGUUUCUAGCCAGGUCCUCUCCAUCAGGUGGAGCAAAGCUUCUUGGGACAACUCCUGAAGACCAGGCAGAGAUCGCUCAGUGGUUAGAAUACAGAGUUACGAUAGUGGACAGGAGUGUGGAGAAAAAAGAUGCCCAAGCCAUGCUUAAGGAGCUGAACUCUUACCUGUUAGACAAGGUGUAUUUUCUGGGGUUCCACUUCUCUCUAGCUGACCUCAUCAUGUACCAUGGACUGCACCCUGUUAUGUGCCGGCUAAGUUUCUUUGAGAAGCAGCAGUACCAGAAUGUGUCCAGGUGGUUUGACCAGGUGCAACAUUAUCCAGGUGUGCAGCAGCACCUACCUCAACUAGUGUUCCUGAGAAACACUCUCUACACCAGCUCUGAUCACUAAUCAGUCACUGGAAAACUUCACAACCACUGCAGUUGUCUUGCCAGUACACGUGAGCUCUCCCCUUCUCCUCAAGAAAAAAAGUGGAGAGAACCAGGAUCUGAAGAGUCACAAUAGUGGUAUUGUGGACUAAGGCAUUUUAUGUAUCUUUUUAAAUCCAGCUCAAAGAAGGAAAAAUACACUUGAAGGAUGAAUGUAGGAUGAAGGACUCUUUAACAAUACUAGUAUAGGCUACAGGGCAGUGUACUAAUGGGACCUAAUAUUUGAAUGUGAUGUAAACAUGAUAGCUGAUAAUCUGAUUUAAUCCACUGUAAGAAAUUUCAUACAAAAUACUGUCUGGUCUUAGUACAAUACUAUAAAAGGAUUCAAUGGCUUUAAUUAUAAGUUUCUUCCAUCUUAACAUUCCAUGUUGGGAAUGUUUUCUACAUACCAGUAGCAUCAAAGUCACCAAUGCUAAGUAACUGUGUGAUCUGUUGAAGACUUGUACAGUGUACAUGAUUGUAUGUUAGUACAUGUACAUGUAUUACUGCUGUUGAUAAUGUUGCAGGAUAGUUAUCUAAAUUAUCAUUAUGAUCACUGUG